UAGGAGUGUCCCCCAUGGAAGAGUGUGCAGUUUGUCUCUUGCUUAUACAAUGGAAAGUAGAGAAGAGAGGCAGGUUUUUUCAGCUUCACAUGUUCUUCAUUUAUUUAUAUAAAGAUCAUCAAACAUUCCACUUCCACCCAAAUCAAUAAAAAAAAAUUUAAACGACAUGAAAAAACAUAUUUGGUGCAGAAACCUUGAUACUCUGAAACUCUCAACUUGAAAUUUGAAAAACUUAACAAAAAUGCUUCUUUUAAACCCGAAAAAGAAAAGAAGAAAGGUGGGGGUUGAGGAAUGAGAGUUCUUUCUUCUUUUUUUUUUUUUUUCUUCUUUUCUUUCUUGGAACCCACUGAGAAAAGAACAAAAAAAGAAGCACAAAUGGGAUGAUAACAAUACUUUUUAAGCUUCAGAUCGGAUCCUGCGGCUAAGUAACUUCUUUGUAGAUUUUGCUCCUUGUUUUCAUUCCUUUGUAAGUCAGAAGUGUGAGAUUUUUAUUUUCUGUUGAUUUCUCUUUUUUGUCAUUUUGUUUCCUGGGUUCUCUUUCUUCUCCAUCCUCAGUAUCUUUUCUCUUCCUUCUAAUUGCUUUUUGUCCUUAAUGAGAGGAGAUUGUAGGCCCAUCGAAUAUAUUAUUAUAUGGAUUUUCUCGUAGAUUAAAACUCUGUUUUUGCAGCAUGCUACUGGACUUUCUGUUCUUCUGGAGAAAAAUUGUGUUAUCCGGUUCAUGCAAUAUAGUUUUUCAAAGUUUUUCUUCCUCCUGAUUUCUUCUUUUGUUGGUGAUUUCUGCAACUCUCUGUUUCUUUUCUCAUCUGGGUAUGAUUCUUCCCAACUCCUUGCAUUGGUUUGCUGCUGCAUUUCUCCGUCUCUCUCGCAAAAUCUCAUCUUUUUCCAUGCUGCUUUUUCUUCUUUGAUGCCUUUGGUUUAAAUCUCUUGUUUUUUUUUUUCUUUUUUUUUUUUCAAAGUUAUGUUUUUCCUUUUUUGGGUCGAGAGAUUUUUACCUUUCAAACUUAAUUGUCUGGAUAUGAUAUGAACCAACUUCUCCGAAUACCUUUUGUUGGGUUCAGAACUAGACUUACGAGGUUUGCAUUUCUGGGAAAAUGAUUGUGAGCUGUUGCGAUUGAUUUCUGGCGCCACAUCAUAUAGAGAGAGAUAUAUAUAUACAUAUAGAGAGAGAGCUAUUAAUGCAUACACAGGCUAUGGGAUCUGAAGGCGGGGAACCAAAUCUACAAAACUUAGCUACUCAAACUUCACUCUAUAACCUCACUCUGGAUGAGGUUCAAAAUCAGUUGGGGAAUCUGGGGAAACCAUUAGGAAGCAUGAAUCUUGAUGAGCUACUCAAGAGUGUAUGCUCUGCAGAAGUUAAUCAGUCUACACCAUUGGCUGAUGACAAUGUAGGCAUAACCUACACAGCUUCAGGCUCGGCACUGAGUAGGCAGGGGAGCUUGGCUCUUUCCAGGGAUCUUAGCAGAAAGACUGUGGAUGAGGUCUGGAGGGAUAUCCAAAAGAGUAAGAAUAAAAAUGAUCAAGAGAGGAGGUGCCAGGAGAGACAGCUUACUUUUGGUGGGAUGACUCUGGAGGACUUCUUGCUCAAGGCAGGGGUAGUUUCCGAGCCUACUCAUGUUCAUGUUUUAGGGGUUGAAUCCGUUAUAUUCUCUCAGCCGAAUAUCCCUCAUCACCCCCAUUGGAAUCAGUACCAGCUCCCUUCACUGCAGCAGCAACAACAGCAACAACAUCAGCAGGAUGUGAUGGCACUUGUGCCUGGCCAGCCAACUCAACAUCCUCUUCCUGUUGGAGUUAAUCCAGAUGCAGCAUACCCUGAAACCCAAGUCACGAUAUCACCCUCCUCUUUGAUGGGCACCUUAUCAGAUACACAGGCUCAAGCUCCAGGGCGUAAAAGGGUUGCCUCGGAAGAUGUUGCUGAGAAGAAUGUAGAAAGGAAGCAGAAGAGAAUGAUUAAGAACCGGGAGUCUGCUGCCAGGUCACGGGCUAGGAAGCAGGCUUAUACACACGAGCUAGAGAACAAAGUCUCACGUCUGGAAGAGGAGAAUGAGAGACUCAGAAGACAAAAGGUGAACAUAUGAAGGACGCAGUGUAAUAAGAUAUUUCUAUAUGCACUCAAAUUGCUACCUGAUUUCAAGAGUGAGUACAUUGAAACAAGAACUGGCUUGUCAAGCAAUAUGUGGAUGUCGUUACAUAUGCGUUUAUUUAUCUCCUCAGUCAAAUAGUGUUAUUUAUCUUUGCUACAUGUUCAUUCUUGUGAUCAAAAUGGUGAUAUUCCUCUAAGUCUUUGUUCUCUGUGCUGAAAUUAAUACACAUGGUUAUUGCAAUAUUGUCUGGGGAAAGCAUUGGACUCCUUGAUGUUUGUCCUAGGUUCUACUCUAAUUCAAGCAUGCUAGAGGAUUUAAUUUGUUGUUGUAUGUGAUGAAUAUAAUAGCUUUAACACUUCAAAUUUUGAGGGGAUAAGUGCUAGGCCAACGUUUAUGAAACUUUGAAUGUUGUCUAUUAUUGGAAAAUCCAUUGUUACCUUGUGAAUAAAAGUUUUCUUCUGUCUAUCAGACUACCAAGUACAUAGUUUUGGAGCAUGUAUAGGCAAUAAUCAUGUCAGAUGGCAUAACUUUGUAGAUAGAAACUUAAUUGGAAACUAACCAUAUGGGAAAAGACUACAUCAGAAAUGCCCUAUUAUUAUUCUCUAACAGGAUACAUGAGAAUACAUUCUCAUUCUCUAACAAUAUCACACUGCAUCUGUUUUCUUUUCCUUUUAUUUGUUUUUUUUUCUAUUAUUAUUUUCUUGUCUUUUCAAUGAAGUUCAACACUUUUGGCCGUAAUGAAGUUGAUCACACAAGUUUAGUCAUGAAAGUUGACUACAAUUCCAACUUUUUCAAGAGGGGUGAAAUGGAUUAGCGGUACAUGUAGUAGGGUGGUGAUAAUUGGUUACAGUGAAUCUUAAAAAAUAAUCUCAGUAAAUAUCUCCUAGAUAACAAUAUGUGUAGCCAAAAGAGAGAGCAAGAUUUGAAAAGAGUCUCCUCAUGUCAAAAGAUUGCAUCAUGUAUACUUUCCUAGAAAAGAUGAAGAGUCAUUAAAAGGAUAAGGAACCGCUAAAGAACUAACAUGAAGUAAUACAUAUUUAUGUGGAAAAGUACCUCCAUUGUACUUUGUUGACCCACUAGUUCUUCCCAUCAUCUGCUCUUUGGUGUUCUAUGUUUCUGUCACCACAAACAAGCAAAGGGAAUGAUUCACAUGCAUGAAAAAAUGCUGCCAUAUAGGUUAUCAGUUAGAAGCUUAAAUUUCUGGUUUGGUCCGCAAAAUUUCUUAUGAUGGUGCUUACAGUUAGGCUCUUAAUGAACUUGUGUGCAAAGGGUUUCAACAGGAAUGGAUAUUUCCUUUCCUUUUUCCUUUCUUUUCCCAUGUGUUUUUCAG